AAAAGUCCUGUUUCUAGAUACAGCAGUAGUAAAAUAUAUUUGCAAAAACCAUGAGUAAUUCUGGUGUAAGAAGCACUGCCCUGAUCUUGAUGAUAUUCGAAUAUGGAACUUUCUCUGUUCCUCUUUAUAUAGGAGUGAUGCUACUAAUUGGAAUCAGCUCAAGCUGUUAUGGGUUUCACUUCUUAGCUACAACUAUGUUGGUCGUCGCGGUGGCGCUUCUGAUUAUAUUUUGCAUAAAUGGCGCAACCAUCGACCGCGAUCCUGAGCAAGCCUUGGCAAAUUCAGUAGCCCUUUCUGUGCCAAUAUAUCUUGUGAUGGUAGCUUUUGGAAUCUUUGCGUUGGUGGUUAGUAGUAAUGGAGGCGGAACAUCCUUACCUGGGAGAUCAUACGAGGAGUAUAAUCUGGAAUCAUAUUCUAAAUGGAUGCAACACAAGGUUAAUGAUUCUCAGAAUUGGAAUAAUUACUACAAACCUGCUCUUGUUAACCAUGAUGUAUGUAGCAAGUUCUACAAGGAUUAUCAGCUUGACACCCUUGACGAGUUUCGUCACAGACAGUUGUCCCCAAUUGAGUCUGGUUGCUGCAAGCCCCCAGACGAAUGCAAUUUCAGGUACAUAAGCCCAACAAAUUGGAUGAAAUCAGAAAACAACAGCUACUCUAACAAUGACUGCAAUGAAUGGGAAAAUCAUCAAAACACCUCCUGCUUCGAUUGCCAAUCAUGCAAGGGUGCAUUUGCCCAGGAUUUAACUGCCAAGUGGUUCGAGGCUGGUAUCAUUAUCGUUGUGCUAGCGGCCAAACAUAUCAUAUUUGGCAUAUUUUUCUGUAAUCCUGAUGUAUGCUGUGGUUCACGCCGUUCUUAUUACAGUUCCCUCAUUUAAGAGUUUCUCUAACGGCCCGUUUGA